GGCACUUUCCUCCUGAUUUGCGUUACCAUGGAGAGCGUUGCUGUGUGACGCCUGGUGGUAUCCAGGAAGAAGGUGAACUAGCUGGUAGGAGGAAAAAAAUGGACGAUAAUUUCCAACAAGAAGAUGGUGGAACGGCAAGAAAUGUUGCCAAGUCUGGACGAAGAGCUCGCCCUGCGGCACACCAGUCAUCGUUUGAAGAGACUCGUCACAUAAGGAAGUCCUCCACCUCUGCUUCAGCAGGAGAGGAUGAUGAUGAGGGCCCUCCUCCUAAACCAGCCCGGCGGCAGGGCGGCUGGGCAGAGGACAGCUCUGGAUCUGGUUCUGCCAAAGCUUCGAGAAGACCUGCAGCUGAGGACCUCGAAGACCGCCGUCUGCGACCACAAACUCCCCAGGGAUCAGAUGAUGAAGGAGACAUCCCAACGAUUCCUGAUCUGGAUGAAGUGCAAGAAGAAGAUCUCACCAUGCAAAUUGCAGCUCCACCAUGUGUUCAGGUGAACCGAGUAAUGACCUACAGAGAUCUGGACAAUGAUCUGAAGAAUUACUCUGCAUUCCAAACCUUAGAUGGAGAGAUCGACUUGAAGCUACUCACCAAGGUUUUAGCACCCGAGCAGGAGGUGAGGGAGGAUGAUGUGAGCUGGGAAUGGGAUCAUCUGUUUACAGAGGUGUCCUCGGAGCUGCUGAUGGAAUGGGAUCAAGGAGAGAGUGAGGAGCUGGCUGUGUAGCCUGCAACGCGAGGAGGACGCUUGAACUGAGACAUGAAGUCGCUCUAGUAGGAGUGAACAUCCCACUACACAGAAGGGCUAUCAGCUUACAAACUUCAAUUACUGUUAUUUUGUUUAAAGUGUGUGUACAGCAUUUGGUAAAUUUUAUAAAUAAAUAAAGUUGUCUGUGCAUGGAGCAGUACAGUGUUACCUUA